UUGCCCACAGGGACAGUUGGGUCUCAGCACCUCAAGCCGCUCCAUCAACACCACAAGCCAAACCAAACAGUGAACCAGCCAUGAGCAAGUCCUUCGCCUCAUCAGCCCAGUCGGCCUCCUCGUACCGCCGCACCUUCGGCUCUGGAGUCGGUUCAACCCCGAUGUCUUCCCACUUCUCCUCCGGAGGAGGAGGAGGAGGCCGCAGCUCUUCAAGCCACAUGUCAAGCAGAGUCUACGAGGCCAAAAGCUCCGCCAUCCCCUCAUAUUCAAGCUACAGGGUGUCCUCUGGUGCUGGAGGGGCUGGGUACGGCUCCUCCUCAGCCAUGCGCACCUACUCCGGCGAGAAGCUCGACUUCAACCUGGCCGACGCCAUGAACCAGGACUUCCUCAACACAAGGACCAACGAGAAGGCCGAGCUCCAGCACCUCAACGACCGCUUUGCCAGCUACAUCGAGAAGGUGCGUUUCCUGGAGCAGCAGAAUGGGGCCCUGACGGUGGAGAUUGAGAAGCUGAGGGGCCGCGAGGGGCCCGGGCGCGUGUCCGACAUGUACGAGGAGGAAAUGAGGGAGCUGAGGAGGCAGAUAGAGGCCAUCUCCAACCAGCGCGCCCGAGUGGAGGUGGAGAGAGACAACCUGGCUGAUGACCUGCAGAAAGUGAAGAUGAGACUGCAGGAGGAGGUUCAUCAGAAGGAAGAAGCUGAGAGCAACCUGUCUGCUUUCAGAGCCGAUGUAGACAAUGCCACUCUGGCCAGGCUGGACCUGGAGAGACGCAUUGAGAGUCUGCAGGAGGAGAUCGCCUUCCUCAAGAAGAUCCAUGAGGAGGAAAUCCAUGAGCUGCAGGGCCAGAUGCAGGAGACCCAGGUCCAGGUCCAGAUGGACAUGUCCAAGCCCGACCUGACCGCUGCUCUGAGGGACAUCCGCAUGCAGUACGAGGGCAUCGCCGCCAAGAACAUCUCAGAGGCUGAGGAAUGGUACAAGUCCAAGGUGACUGAUUUGAGCCAGGCUGUGAACAAGAACAACGAUGCACUGCGUCAGUCCAAACAGGAGAGCAUGGAGUACAGACACCAGAUCCAGUCCUACACCUGUGAGAUCGACUCACUGAAGGGCACCAAUGAGUCUCUGCUGCGCCAGAUGAGAGAUAUGGAGGACCGCAUGGGCCGUGAAGCCUCUGGUUUCCAGGAUACCAUCACAAGGCUGGAGGAAGACAUCAACAAGAUGAAGGAUGAUAUGGCCCGCCACCUGAGAGAGUACCAGGACCUCCUCAACGUGAAGAUGGCCCUUGAUAUUGAAAUUGCCACCUACAGGAAGCUGCUGGAGGGAGAGGAGAGCAGAAUCACCACCACUGGACCUGUCCAGACUUCUUAUUCCACCAUUGGAUUCAGAGAGACCAGUCCCGAGUCCCAGCAUCAACGCUCAUCAGAGGUUCACUCCAAGAAAACUGUUCUCAUCAAGACCAUUGAGACCCGCGAUGGAGAGGUGGUCAGCGAGUCCACACAGCACCAGCAAGACAUCAUGUAAACAAGAAGAGGCAACAUAAGAAACACCAUUUCUAAUAAAUGAAUAAAAAGAAUAGUGCAACCAUUUACAUUUUCCGAUUACGACGACGAUUUAUGAGCUGAGCCCAUUUUCAGGAACUCUGAUCGAUUUAAAUGGAAGAUUAUUACGAAAGUGAAUGCAACCAGUUUAUGUACUGUAUACAUAAUAAACAGCAUAGUGGAGCUGUGGAGGUGCAAUGCACUGCAUUCCAGGAAUUUACACUUUGUUAAUGCUACUUUCUGUCUCUCAAAUAAAGACCUGAAUAUCUUCUCUACAAACAUACAAAGGCGAGAUUGCAGUUUCAAUUCUUGCAAACCUUUGGUGUAACCGCUUUGGCCUAAUAUAAGUUCCCAAUGGUCCUGCACAUAUUUCCAGUCUUUCUGUGCAAAUGCACGAGAAUAUGACGUGAUUGAAGAAGGCUUGUGAUUUGUGUAACUGAUUUAAGGAAAGUGAGUUGUUGGUCUGACGUUUGAAAUAUGUCAGAAACACAAAAAACAUCCGACGAUAAAGGGAACUCAGUCAUGUAAUUUAAGUUUGAGCUCAAGAGCACGUGCUGGGUCUUUGAUUGUGUGUAUGGGUUAACCAGGGUCUGGUGCUUCACUGUGACAAAAAAAAAAAAACUCAAAUAAUAAAAGCAUUUAUUAUCACCA